AUGCCCGCGACGUUCGGCGCCGCCGCGCUCUCCUCGCGCGCGCCGUCGAUCGCCGACCCGCGAUCCCGCGCGAGCUCCUCCGGCUACGCCGCCGCCCGUCGUCGUCGCGUCGUCGUCGUCCGCGCCGCCGGCGCGGCGAAGAAAAAACCACCCAACGACAGCCCGUGCGCGGUCGUGCCGGACGGCCUCGAGCGCACCGCGAACGUGGGCAUCCUCGGCGGCGGGCAGCUCGGCAGGAUGCUCGCCAUCGCGGCCGCGCCCAUGGGCGUGCGCCUCCGCGCGCUGGACCCGAACCCGGUCGCGCCCGCGAGCGUCGCCGCGGUCGCGACCGAGGGAUCGUUCCAGUCGAGAGAAGACGUUCUCGCGUUCGCGAGCGACUGCGACGUCGUCACCGUGGAGAUCGAGCACAUCGACGUCGCGGCGCUGGAAGAGCUGGAGGCGAUGGGCGUCGACGUCCAGCCGACGUCGCGCACGCUGGCGAUCAUCCAGGACAAGUUCCGGCAGAAGGAGCACUUCGCGGCGGCGGGCGUGCCCCUAGGCGAGUUCAGAUCCAUCGCCGACGACGCCGAGCUCGCCGCCGCCGCGGACGCGUUCGGGUUCCCGCUGAUGAUCAAAUCGCGUCGCAUGGCGUACGACGGCAAGGGCAACGCGGUCGCGAAGACCGCCGCGGACGUCGCCGACGCGGUCGCGAAGCUCGGCGGGUUCGACGCGGGGUUAUACGUCGAACGGUGGGUCCCGUUUCGACGCGAGCUCGCCGUGAUGGUGAUCCGAUCCAAGACGGGGGAGGUGAAGGCGUACCCGGUGACGGAGACGGAGCACGUGAACAACAUCUGCGACAUCACGCGGACGCCCGCGGCGGUGGACUUCAAGACCGCGGAGGCGGCGAUCGCGGCGGCGACGAACGCGGUGGCGUCCUUGGAGGGCGCCGGCGUGUUCGGCGUGGAGCUCUUCCAUCUCGCCGACGGACGCAUCCUGCUCAACGAGGUCGCGCCGCGGCCGCACAACAGCGGGCACUACACGAUCGAGGCGACCGCGUGCUGUCAGUACCAGAACCACGUCCGCGCGAUCUUAGGGUGGCCGUUGGGGGACACGUCCUUGCGCGUCGGCGGCGCGGUCAUGAAGAACAUUCUCGGCGAAGGCGACGGCGAUGAGGCGCGUUCUAUCUCACACUGGUCCCCAUACGACCGCAUGCACGCGCUGAUGGGCGCGGCGCUCGCGACGGACGGCGCGAACGUGCACUGGUACGAGAAGCCCGACGCGAAGCCCGGAAGGAAGAUGGGUCAUCUCACCGUGACCGCCGCGCACGUCGUAGAGGCGGAGGCGAAGCUCGAUAAGAUCGUCGCGGUCGCGGGCGGGGACGCCGACGCGGUUGAAAAAAAACCGGCGCGCGUCGGGAUCAUCAUGGGCUCCGACAGCGACCUUCCGACGAUGGCCGCGGCCGCGGAGACGCUCGAAUCGUUCGGCAUCGCGGUCGAGGUGACGGUCAUCUCCGCGCAUCGCACGCCGGAGCGAAUGUUUGAGUACGCGAAAACGGCGCAACGACGGGGGUUACGAUGCAUCAUCGCCGGCGCGGGCGGCGCGGCGCAUUUGCCCGGCAUGGUCGCGGCGAUGACGCCGCUGCCGGUGAUCGGCGUCCCGGUCCCGCUGAAACACCUCGACGGCGUGGACUCCGUACACUCGAUACUGCAGAUGCCGCGCGGCGUUCCGGUCGCGACGGUCGCGAUCGGGAACUCCACGAACGCGGGGCUCCUCGCCGCGCGCGUCGUCGGCGCGUACGAACCCGAGGCGUUGGCGUUGAUGGAAAAAUAUCAGGACGACAUGGAGCAGACGGUGCUCGGGAAGGCGGCGAAGAUGGAGGACGAGGGGUGGAAGAAGUACCUCGCGGGGAUGUGA